AGGGUUGGCAUUCCUGAGGCGCCAACCAAAAGUUGUUGUCUACUCCUCCUGCUCCUGACUGUCAUUAGUUGUCAUCAGUUGUCAUUGUGAGAAAUGGCGGCCGAAGAAGUUCACGUGGUCGAGGAGCAAGCAGAAGAAGUGAAGAAGAAUGAAGAAAAGAAAAUCAAGUCGGUCGUAGACUAUUUCUCCCACAUCACUAAACCCGAUGAGAAGCAGCGGAUCAAGAAUGGUACUCAAUUGAUAAAGUAUCUAUCACGGGACGAGAAAGAAGAGAACGAUUCCAAGUAUGCCUUGAACAGACUGAUCAGGGGCCUUGGCGCCACCAAGAACACCGCCCGCAUAGGCUUCUACACAGCCCUCACCACCCUCCUACAAACUGUCGAAUUUAAUGUAGAAGAAAUUUUGGAAAUAUCAGAUAAGCAAAUCAAAAAUAAUGCUAACAAUAGUAAAAGUGAAGCUGCUGACAUUUCAUUGGGGUUGAUUUUAUUGUCCGGAGCUGUGCUUCGAUCAGGGAUGUUCCUGAAGAUAUCACAAGAACAUCAACAGACAUUCAUAAACAACUUGAUCAUCUGUGGCAACAAAAAGAGCUACCUCGGCUUAAUAUCUUACACAUUUCUGGCCGAGGCUCUGCAAGUUGUUAAUAAACAUGAAGUAGAAGAAGUAAUAUUGCCAGCAUUAAAACCAGAAAUGACUAAACCACUUUCAGAUUUGAACUUGAAUCAUCUGUACUUCCUGCUGAAACUGCAAGAAUCUUACCCAAAGUUGUUCAAGAAAUUCGUGAAAAAUGUCUCGGAUUGUACGGAUAUUUUAAGUGAUGUGGAAGGUUUCGUUGAAAUUUUGUUGGGAAUUUUGCCGAUUCAUAAUAUUCUUUUACAUCCGGUUUAUGAAUUUGCAGCUAAGAAAGUUGCAGUGAGUUCACAUGCCGCCGAUUUCAUAACGCAGAUCGAUCGUUCGUUGAUCGUGAAGCCAACUCUGAUCCGUCAUAACGCUGCAUCGAUGCUUCUGAGGUUGUUGGCUGAAAAUCUAGAAGAUAAAACUUUACUUCCGACGCUUUUGACCAAGAAAUUCAUGUCGAUCACUAUCACGUAUCUUAAGAAACUUGGUUUUAAGAAGGAAGAGGAUUUGCAACAGUCUAUCUUGAAGUUCCUCACGUCACUCACAAAAGCCGUCAAUGGAGAAAAUGUCGCGACUGAAACGAAAUUGGAAGUCAUCAAUAAGUUGAUAUUUUAUCCAGGCAGUUUCAUGAUCGAGAAGUUGACGAAAAGUAAAAUAUUGCAAUAUAUCACAUUAACUUUGGACGAGGAUGGUGUUAAGAAAUUGUGUACGGUAUACAGUGAUGUUUUAUUGGCGAAGAAAAUCAAGCAGAAGAACGAUAAUGAAACGGAGGAUUGGUUCAACGUUGAUCGAGUUUACGCAGCUCAAUUGAUUGUUAAACUGCUUUCGCAUCAUAGCGUCAAGACUUGUUUGGAAUGGAAACACGAGCAACUGAAGAUGUUGAUGAAUAUUUCGUUGUUCAAUGGAGUGGGAACGCAGCUGGCUGUGCCUCUCAAAGAUAUAUUCUUCCGCGCUUUGGACAUCAAAUUGGCAAAGUUGGACGAUUUGAAGAGUAUGCUUUCCAUUUUAAUCCACGAGAUUGAUGGGAAACUAAACGAAAGCAAUUACGAAACGGAGAUGUGCGCGCCGUUCUCGAAAGAGGACUUUGAUUUGUGGAAGAAAGGCGUUGAUGCUGUAACCAAGAUGGAGAAUAAGACCAAGAAAACCCAUCUGAAUCCGGUGUUCCAUAUCUUGUUUGCGCAAAUGUCACUGCAAAUGUUCAACGACGUUAAAUUGGCUAAAGAUUCUUUGCAGGAAUUGUUCGAAUGUCAUGCGCGCAUUAAGAAAGCGAAGAAAUCUAAAGGAGAAAAUGGUGACGAAGAAGAGAUUGAAUGGAUCGAAGUGGUUGUCGAUCUGUUCUUGAAUUUGUUGUCGCAUAAUAGCCAUUUGUUGAGGAGUAUAAUUGGUUGCGUUUUCCCGCAUUUAUGCAAACAUUUGACAGCCUCCGCUAUUCAUCAGAUCCUUUCUGUUUUGGAUCCCAAGGACGAUUUCAAUCCUUUAGGUGAUGAUGACUCUGAAAGCGAUGAUUCGGACGAGGAUGAAAAUGAAGAAGACGAAGGAAAAGAGCGGCCGGAAGACGAAGAAGAUAGCAGCUUAUCCGAUAACGAUGAUUAUGAAGAGACCGUGAACGAUAGGUUGAGACAGGCUGUGAGAGAGGCUUUGGGUACGAACGGAGCCAUCACCGAUGACGAAAGCGUGGAUUUGGACCAUAUGGACGAUAAGGAAUGCGACAAACUGAACGCUACCUUAGGAGCGGCCUUCAAACAGUUCAAACCCCCUGUAGAAAACAAAAAGAACAAAAAGCAAAGCAAGGACGACGAAACUUUGACUCAUUUCCGAGUGCGCGCAUUAGAUUUGAUUUCUAUUUAUUUGGAUUCGGAUGUUUCAAUGAUUCUUUGCCUUGAAAUUAUGUUGCCAUUGCUGCAAGUACUGGAAUACUCGAUAAAGUCGCCGCAUCAAAAGCCAUUAGAAGACAGGGUCAAAGUGUGCUUAAGGAAACUGACGAACCUGAAGAAGUUUGGCAAUGUCGAAGAGGUGACCGAGGAUACUCUCGCCAAAUUGUUGGAGAGUUUCUUAGAUAAAGGAACGAAAAAUACCAUCAUGAUCCACGAGAUGGGAGACAAGAUUUCCAAUUGUUGCAUAUUCAUUGUUAGAUGUAUGCAAUUCUUGGGAUCGCAGCACGCCUGGAAGAGAAUCCAAAGCAUUUUGAACAAGGCCUUAGAUAAUUUCUUCGUGAUGCGCGAGUGCCUUACGCCUAUAAUCUUGUUCAAAAACAUAAUGAAAUUAUGUUGGGAAGGCAACGCGAAGUUUUUACCGAAAAUUGCAAAGUACGCAUUCGAUGAGAGCAUGAGGCCAUUCCGUAAAAGUCAAGCCUUGGAAUUACUCAUCAUUUUCUACAUGAACCAUCGGCUGUUGAAGGAUAAACAAGACGCUAUUAAGGGUAAAAUAAGUAAAGUCGAAGCGACGAUCGUGGAAGAGUCGUUGAAGAUUUUCAAAGCAGGCGGAGCGAAAGACAAAUUCAUCAUUAACUUAUUUACGCUGCUUAGAGUAAUGAAAACUUCUCCGAUCAAAUCUGAAGAUAUUAAUUGGACUGAAAUUGGGGAAGCAGUUAGAGAUUACAGGGCUGGUGUCAAUCUGAAGAGCGUAACAAAAAAAUCUUUCAAUAAAUUGUGCCAGGCUCUGAAUAUUUCGCACGUCGUUGAGAUGAAGGAAACAGUCGUAUCCAUCAAUGAUAAUGGAGAGAAAGCGGAAGAUGAAAAUAAGGAGAAGAAAAGGAAAAAGAAGCAUAAUUUAGAUGAGCUUAAGGAGAAGAAGAUGAGCAAACAUUUGAGACUCGAAGCCGAAUCAGCUGGAUUGAAUGGUCACUUUUCCAUGCUCGAAGAAGUCGAGGUUCCAGAUGAGGAAGAGAAUGAAGGAAGCAAUGACGGAUCUUCGAGCAACGAUGAUGAUGAUGAAAAAGAAGAAGUGGAACCCGAACCAGUGAAAAUCAAUGGAUCGAAGAAGCGCAGUCAUGGGGACACGAAUAAAAGCCCUAAGAAGAAAAUGAAGAAAAAGUAAUCCUAUUUUUAAGAAAAUAAAUUUUAUUGU